GAGGAGGAGGUCCAUGACGUUGGGGAACUUCCUGUACACGCAAGGUCCGUUCCGCAUAUCGUCCGCUGUUCUGGUUUAGAAGGCCAAAUAGCGAAUUUUCGCUUCAAAGACGUGAUGGCUGCAACGUUGCGUUUACUUUCCUCUGUAUCAAAGCCAGGCAUCUUUUUGCCCAGCCAGAUUCUAGUGAGGUCCUUCAGUGUGUCUACACAAAGGGAAGGAUUCAAGUAUGUGAAUGCCCAAGAGAUCCCCACAGACAUGAAGUCCAUCACAGACCGAGCUGCUCAGACGCUGCUGUGGACAGAGCUCUUCAGAGGUCUGGGCAUGACAAUGAGCUACCUGUUCAGAGAGCCCGCCACCAUCAACUACCCAUUUGAGAAGGGGCCACUGUCACCUCGCUUCAGAGGAGAACACGCACUGCGCAGGUACCCUUCAGGAGAGGAGCGCUGCAUCGCCUGCAAGCUGUGCGAAGCUAUCUGCCCUGCUCAGGCCAUCACCAUCGAAGCAGAGACUCGUGCUGACGGCAGCAGGAGGACGACUCGCUACGACAUCGACAUGACCAAAUGCAUCUACUGUGGCUUCUGUCAGGAGGCGUGUCCUGUGGACGCCAUCGUAGAGGGUCCUAACUUUGAGUUUUCCACUGAAACACACGAAGAACUGCUCUACAACAAGGAGAAGCUCCUCAACAACGGAGACAAGUGGGAGGCAGAGAUAGCUGCCAACAUACAAGCUGAUUACCUCUACAGAUAGACACCACACACACACAGUGUACAGUUAGCACAUGCAAGAAUAACCUCUGACACAUGCAUAUGUCCAUACUGUACAUACUGUAAGAAGACAUACUCAGCUGUGGAUGUGCUUCAGGGUGGGAUUUGGAUUUGUCGAUGCAUCUUUUAUUUUAAAUCAAACAUCACCAACACAUUUCCUCUGUUUUCAGUGUCAUCCCCUUCCGAUAUGAUGAAUAUACUUUGAUAUGUUUCUGAUUUUACCAUGUCACUGUUUGGAUUACAUAUUUAUUGAAGAAUGAUGGCUGUCUGUGUGAUUAGUGUACAGCAGUCCAGCUGCCUCAGCAUGCUCCAGUCAGUGAUCAUCCAGUCAUCCAUGUGGUUGCACUGUCACACGAGACUAAAAAGCGCAGAGACUGAGUCAUGCUGUGGCUGUAUCGUUGCUGUUCACUGAUUGCAGAUAGAAUAAUUCUGAUGACCCACACCAGUAUACAUGGAUUAUUGUUAAUAUCUUGGAUGUCAAUGCAGAGUUUUAUGGUCUUUGUACUCUUUCCACUCUGACUCAAGAAAUAAAAUUUUGGGAGAAACCCUG